UCUUAAAUAUGUCAAGAAUUAUCUCAAAUACUCAAAUAAUGACAGUAAACUCUAAUUGUAGGUAUUUUUUUAAAUAUUAGUAUUGUAAUUAUAUUAAGAAUUAAUGUAAUUAAGCAAAAUGAUUGUAAACAAAUCAAGAAUUGUCGCAUGCACCUUAAUCCUGGAUUAUCCUGCAUUCAUCGAGAUAAAUAUUGAACUCCACAGAGAGUGAGCUUAAGUGUGUCGGGAAUUAUUACACGUCUCUUAAGAAUGAUUGUAAGUAAGCACAGAAUGAAUGUUAAAGAGUUUUUGAUUUUCUGAUUUGACCUUUGAACCCAAACAUUUUUUAUUUCUCCUGUGACACUUUUUUCCUUCUCGCCUUUGAUCCCUAACGCCCCGCAUGGCCUGUUUGACGCUGAACCAUGGUAAACGUAAAGUACUGAAGUUAGACUUCGCCAAUCCGCCAAUCAAAUCAGCCACCAGGUUCAACCUCAGCACCGCGGGUCCGCCCUUCCAGAACCCUCACAUAGAACGUUUGCGCACACACAGUAUUGAAUCUUCAGGAAAAUUAAAGAUUUCUCCGGAGCAGCAUUAUGACUUCACAGCGGAGGACCUGAAGGACCUGGGGGAGAUCGGCCGAGGAGCGUACGGCUCUGUCAACAAGAUGGCGUACAAACCCAUCGGUCAGAUCAUGGCUGUAAAGAGGAUCAGGUCGACAGUGGAUGAGAAGGAGCAGAAGCAGUUGCUGAUGGACCUGGACGUGGUGAUGAGGAGCAGUGACUGUCCCUACAUCGUCCAGUUCUACGGAGCGCUCUUCAGAGAGGGCGACUGUUGGAUCUGCAUGGAGCUCAUGUCUACCUCUUUCGACAAAUUCUAUAAGUUUGUAUAUUCCACGUUGGAGGAUGUGAUCCCCGAGGAGAUCCUGGGCAAAAUUACACUAGUGACUGUGAAAGCACUUAACCACUUAAAAGAAAACUUGAAAAUAAUUCACAGAGACAUUAAGCCAUCGAACAUUCUGUUGGACCGCAGCGGGAACAUUAAGCUGUGUGACUUCGGGAUCAGCGGGCAGCUGGUGGACUCCAUCGCCAAGACGCGGGACGCAGGCUGCAGGCCGUACAUGGCACCAGAGAGAAUAGACCCCAGUGCGUCCAGACACGGUUAUGAUGUACGCUCAGACGUCUGGAGUUUGGGAAUCACACUGUACGAGCUGGCUACCGGGCGGUUUCCGUACCCGAAGUGGAACAGUGUGUUUGAUCAGCUCACGCAGGUGGUAAAGGGAGAUCCUCCACAACUCAGCAACUCAGAGGAAAGACAGUUCUCACCCAAGUUCAUCAACUUCGUCAACUUGUGCCUUACGAAGGACGAGUCGAAAAGGCCAAAGUACCGGGAACUUCUGAAACACCCGUUCAUCCUGAUGUACGAGGAGCGCUCUGUGGACGUGGCCAGUUACGUGUGCAGGAUCCUCGAGCAGAUGCCUGUGUCCCCCAGCUCGCCCAUGCACGUGGACUGAUCUUAAACACACACUCACACACACACGUGAUACACGUGGAGGACAAACACACAAACACUUGCACGCUUUCAUGUAAUACAUGCGCUUCGUCACAGAACCCUGCAGUGUUCCUCGGAAAAACACGGAGUCAGCCAUCCUCAGGGACUGAAACUGUCCCACUGUCUGUCUGUCUGUCUGUCUCACUGUCUCACCUCACAGCACCGCGCCGAUGUGCGCUCGAGGACCCCUCAUCUCUGAACAUACUGUAUAUACACCCUGCUGCUCUCUCUCUCUGUAUGUGUGUGUGUGUGUGUGUGUGUGUGAGGAGGUUUAGAGAGCGGCCGUACGGACGCCGCUGGUUUCAUCGGCUCUCUGCCUGACGAUGGCUCGACCCCAAAUGCACCCCUCCCUCACUCUCUGUACAAAGCGCACUAUCGAGGGUGUUUAGCCACGCCCCCUGCACCCUGUUUAGUGCCCUGUUUUUGUAUUUGGGAUUCAGCCCGUGAUUGUGUCCUUGAUCUGAAUAAUGAUCCAUGUCCUGAUUAUAUAAAAUGAAUAAACUGGAAAUUUA